AUGUAACAUCUGAGCUAUCCACCCGAUAAAAAAAUACAGAAUUACCAAUUUAGUUUUAGAUCCAAAUUAGGCAAAGGUGCAUAUGGGACAGUCUAUGCUGGUAAAAACACUAAUGAUAAUAGUAUUGUUGCUCUUAAAAUUAUUGACAAGAAAUUGCUUCUCACUGAUUAUGCCAAUCAACUCAUCGCUUCUGAAAUUGAAAUCAUGAAAAAAAUAAAUGAUUCCCAUGUUGUUAAACUGCUUGAUGUAUUAUAGAGUGCAAAUAAUACCUACAUCAUUACUGAAUAUUGUAAUGGUGGCGAUUUGAGAGAGUUCAUAAAGGCCAGAAAAGUUAUCCCUGAAGAGGAAGCACUUAAAAUCUUAAAGGAUUUGCUGUAAGGGAUCAAGGCUUUACUUAAACAAGGCAUCAUACAUCGUGACAUAAAACCAGCCAAUAUCCUUAUCCAUGACUCUCAAUUCAAAAUUACAGACUUUGGUUUCGCAAAGCAAAUAGAUCAAAAUCUUGAUACAAUUAUGAACUCCCUUGUUGGUACUCCACUAUAUAUGAGUCCUUAAAUUCUAAAAAGAGGCAAGUAUUCAUCCAAAUGCGAUAUCUGGUCCUUAGGCUUAAUUAUGUAUGAAAUGCUGUAUGGUAUGACUCCGUGGCAUUCUCAAAACUUAGUAGAAUUGAUGAACAAAUUGGACUCAAAGCCUCUUUCAUUUCCAACUCAUCCACGUGUUUCUGAUUCUACUAAAUAGAUGAUAAAAGGAUGCUUGUAAAUAAGAGAAGAAAAAAGAUGGAGUUGGGAAGACCUCUUUAAAGCCGUUAAUUUUAAUUCAAAUGAGAAUAAGGAAAACUCAUCUCCAAAAUAAGAAAUUCAUGCGCAAACCUAUAGAGAGAAUUUAAGUUCUCAAAAUAACAAUCAAUCAAAAUACUCUCUUCAAAUGCAAAGAUUCAAAUAAAGAACUGAAUCAUUAUGCUAAUAAAUCAAUAAGCAUAAUCGAAGUUAUAGCAAUACUGCUUUUCAAACUAAUGAGAGAUCGAAUCGAUAUGAUAAUAAAACCCCUGUUAAUGAUAAAUCUAAAUAGACAUGUAGUUAUUUUGAUCUAAAAGAGAAUCUCAAAUAAAAUAAUAUCAAAUAAGAAAGAGAAAGAAGCAACUCUUAAAAUUAUAGAUUUCAUACACAAAGGAAUGAAUUAACAACUUUCAUUGAUAAGAUUCAUAAUGUUUAAUAAAAAUUAAAUAGUAAUAAUGAUUCCUGUAAAACUACAAGCGCUAUGCAAUCUCACUCAACCAACACUUCAAAUAAAUUGAAUUAUGAAUUAGAUUUAGUUAAGGUCUCAGAAUUUCAAUUAGACGAAAACAAUAAAGCAUUAGAUGACCACAACACUUUAAGAAAUCCAAAAACUGAAAGAGUCAAAAGAACCAAUAGUUUAAGUAGGCAUUUUCAACAACAUACAUUUUAAGGCAAGACUCAUUUGCAGUAAUUAAUUAAAGUAAUUGAGAAUUAGCUGGAAUUGAUACCAAAUUAGGUGGGUUGCAAAAUUGAAAUCAAUACUAUGGUAAUAUUGCAUAGAGAUAUUAUUAAUUAUGCCUCCAGCAAAUAGAUUUAUACAAAUUAAGAUUUAAAAGAUCUCAAAUUACUAAUAAAUAACCUAAUAUCCUAUUUGAAUCUGAACACUGGAGAACAUUCAAGCAAAUAAUCUCAAACAAUGCUAUUAUUGCUCCUAACUUAUCAUAAGGUAGUAGUCUACAAUAUCAAAAACAAAACUCUAAAUAUCGAUGCUAAUCUGAUAGAAACAAUUAAAAAAAACAUCCAAAUUUAAUAAAAUCAAUUAACUAUUGAAUCUAAACAAUUAAGAGAGCACAUCAAUUAAUUAAUGUGA